GGGGGGCUUUGGAUGGCAGAACUUACUAAGCAUUUCUCAAAAGAGGAAGAAGAACGUGCAAAGCUGCUCACUUACGGUCUUGAUUCUGCCUUGCCUACAUCGUGAUGUCGCCGACAUUUGGGCUUCUGCGUCAUGUUACUCCCCAGGACACCCACUGGGCAUCGAGGCUUCGUGUUGUUUGAGUGUACUGUCACGGAAUGAGGAUUGUGAAGUGAAAGGCAUGGAGUGUAUCUUUCAUGAUAAAGUAGUGAGUAGUCAUAUUAAUAUAUUUUCAACUUCAUAUAGAUUUGUCAAUUUUUCAAUUUUAAUUACUGCUUCAAUGCUUUUUAACCAAGG